AUGACGCCCAUUUAUGUCAUCGCAAUAUACUACAUCAUCAACCCUCGCGAUUUGUGGAGAUUAGGCUACUAUAAAAGACCCACGUCGAUGCGCUCUUCAACAAACAUGGCUUCCAACUUUUAUCCAAAUCACUUCGCCCAUCCUCCUCGAUCGCAACGAGAGCCUGCUCAACGAGCAGCAUAUCUCCUUGGAAUGGGUCCUAUGCCUCCUCCUCGUCCCCAGGAGGUCGCUGUUGCUGCUGCAAUGCAUCUACUUAACCACAACUCUCCAGAUGAUUCCGAUGAAGAGAACAUUGACCCCCAGCUCAGAUGCCAGGAGCAGACACAAGCGUAUAAAGAGACAGACACUCAAGUCACCGUUCGCAUUCCUAUCAACAACUCCUUAACUCGAGACAUCGACUUCUCCACUGCGAUUCCAUGUGGCGACUUCCUGGACCGCAUCUUUGCUGCCAUGAACCUUGAUCCCACUGCUGCACAGCUUGGAUGGAAGACUAAUGACGAGCCAAAGCGCGCUCCAGCCCAUCAGCUGUCCACCCCAGCCGAUAUCAACAAUGCAUUCAAGACACUAACAAAGAUGAAGAGUAGCACUCGCCGUCAGAAGGAGGUUGUCAUGGUUAUUGUUCACUUGAAUCCUACGCCCCCCGAGGUCGCAAAGAAGAAGGUCGAUGGCAAUCGCAUCACGGAUUUUGCUUACAGCACUGAGCUACGCAUUGUGCAGGAGAAGCUCCGAUGUGCUCUGCAUGCUGGACCUAACCGAUGGUGCUAUGUUAGCCCCGAUCACCCAGCUGACCAUAUUCCGCUAGGUUAUGAGGAGAUCAGUCUAUGGGCCCGAAAGAUUCAUGACAACAGCACUGACCCAGAUUGUAUCACCCCACCACACUGCCUGAGGCUCGACGAUCUCCGCCAACGAGCAAGUCGCAUUCGAAAGCCUAAUACAAAGACGGACGCCCCUCCCAUUCACGUUCAUAUCAACAACGGACCCCUCGCUAACUCUCGCAUAACCAAUGACUCUCCCUCCCCAACUCGCGGUUUGAAGCGACUCAACUCCUCGACAUCUGAUUCCAGCGAGGACAGCAAUGCCGAGUCCCUCUCGCUUUCGCUCAUUCUUGACGAUCUUGAUGUCAAGUUCCCCAAGCUGAACCUCCCACAGUACAUGCCGCUCCUCGAGGAAAAGGGCAUUGUUUAUGUAGAGAGUGUCUUCGAUUUUGACCGAAAGUAUUACAUUGAUCUUGGGCUGGCUGAAGGUGCCGUAGGCCCAUUUUUAGUUGGAGUGAAGAAAGCUCUUGCUCGUGGGAAGAGGGAGAAGAAGCGAGCAAAGGUCAAUAAAGAGAAUAGAGCAUGGCAUAGGGAUCACAUGUUGGUGCUCCUGGUCGAAGUCAGGAGAGUAAGGCAGGAGGUAACGAAGACGGCAGCUGCUGCACCAUGA